GGGCAGGCUCAGUCUUUCGCCUCAGUCUCGAGCGCUCGCUGGUAGCCAGGCGUACGUGCUCCGGGUUUUUCAGCGCUAGCGGCCGCCAUCGACGUUGCUUGGCUUCUUCGGGUCUUUUCUGGCCAUUCCGCCCGUUGUAGGCCGCCAUCAUGGUGAAGCUCGCCAAGGCUGGUAAGAAUCAAGGUGAGCCUAAGAAAAUGGCUCCUCCACCAAAGGAAGUAGAAGAAGAUAGUGAAGAUGAGGACAUGUCAGAAGAUGAAGAAGAUGACAGCACUGGAGAAGAGGAGGAGGUUGUUAUCCCUCAGAAAAAAGGCAAAAAGGGAACCACAGCUCCAGCAAAGAAGGGAGUGGCUUCUCCAGCAAAAAAGAGUGCAGCUGCCACACCAGCCAAGAAAGCAGUUGUCACUCCAGGCAAAAAGGCAGUGGCUGCACAGGCCAAGAAAGCACCUACCCCAGCCAAAGCUGUGGCGACCACUGGCAAGAAGGGAGCCACCCCAGCCAAAGCUGUGGCGACCCCUGGCAAGAAGGGGGCAGUAACCCCUGCCAAGGGAGCAAAGAACGGUAAGAAUGCCAAAAAGGAAGAGAGUGAAGAGGAGGAUGAAGAAGAUAGUGAAGAGGAGGAUGAAGAGGAUGAGGACGACGAGGAGGAUGAAGAACCUGAACCAGUUGUGAAGAAAACAGUUGCUGCUGCCCCAGCUUCAGAGGAUGAGGAAGACGAAGAUGACGAGGAGGAGGAGGAGGAAGAUGAGGAGGAAGAGGAAGAUGACUCUGAAGAAGAGGCCAUGGAGACCACACCACCGAAAGGGAAGAAGGCUGCUGUCAAAGCUGCUCCUGUGAAGACCAAGGAUGUGGUUGAGGAGGAAGCCGAGGAGGAAGAGGAUGAUGAGGAUGAGGAAGAUGAAGAUGAGGAAGACGAUGAGGAAGAAGAGGAGGAGGAGGAGGAGGAAGAAGAGCCCGUGAAAGAAGCACCUGGAAAACGGAAGAAGGACAUGGCCAAACAAAAAGCAGCUCCUGAAGCAAAGAAACAAAAAGUAGAAGGCACAGAACCAACUACAUCUUUCAACCUCUUUGUUGGAAAUUUGAAUUUCAACAAAACAGCUCCUGAAUUAAAAACUGGCAUCAGUGACGUUUUUGCUAAAAAUGACAUUGCUGUUGUAGAUGUCAGAAUUGGGAUGUCCAGGAAAUUUGGCUAUGUGGACUUGGAAUCUGCUGAAGACCUGGAGAAAGCCUUGGAACUCACUGGUUUAAAAAUCUUUGGCAAUGAAAUUAAACUAGAAAAACCCAAGGGGAAGGAUAGCAGAAAAGAACGAGACACAAGGACACUUCUGGCUAAAAAUCUGCCUUAUAAACUCACUCAGGAAGAAUUGAAAGAAAUCUUUGAAGAUGCUGUGGACAUCAGGCUAGUCAGCAGAGACGGGAAGAGUAAAGGGAUGGCUUAUAUUGAAUUUAAGACGGAAGCUGAAGCAGAGAAAAACUUUGAAGAAAAGCAAGGAACAGAAGUAGAUGGCCGAUCUAUUUCCCUGUACUACACUGGAGAGAAGGGGCAAAACCCAGAAUACAGAGGCGGGAAGAAUGCCUGGAGUGGUGAGUCCAAAACUUUGGUUUUGAGCAACCUUUCCUACAGUGCAACAGAGGAAACACUCCAGGAAGUAUUUGAGAAGGCAACUAAUAUUAAAGUACCCCAGAACCAAAAUGGCAAAUCUAAAGGGUAUGCAUUUAUAGAAUUUGCUUCAAAUGAAGACGCUAGAGAAGCUUUAAAUUCCUGUAAUAAGAAGGAAAUUGAGGGCAGAGCAAUCAGGUUGGAGUUGCAGGGACCCAGGGCGUCUCCCAAUGCAAGAAACCAGCCAACCAAAACUCUGUUUGUCAAGGGUCUGUCAGAGGAAACUACAGAGGAGACAUUAAAGGAGUCAUUUGAUGGUUCUGUACGGGCGAGGAUAGUCACUGAUCGGGAGACAGGUUCCUCCAAAGGGUUUGGCUUCGUAGAUUUCAACAGUGAGGAAGAUGCCAAAGCUGCCAAGGAGGCCAUGGAAGAUGGGGAAAUUGACGGAAACAAAGUCACUUUGGACUGGGCCAAGCCGAAGGGUGAAGGCGGCUUUGGGGGUCGCGGCGGAGGCAGAGGUGGUUUCGGUGGCAGGGGCGGUGGCCGAGGAGGCAGAGGAGGUUUCGGCGGCAGGGGCGGUGGCCGAGGAGGCUUUGGAGGACGAGGUGGCUUCCGGGGAGGCAGAGGCGGCGGUGGAGACCACAAGCCACAAGGGAAGAAGACGAAGUUUGAAUAGUUUCUUCCAUGCCUGGCUUCCCCUCUUCCAUUUGAAAGAAAGGACUCUGGGUUUUUACUCUGUUACCUGAUCAAUGACAGAGCCUUCUGAGGACAUUCCAAGACAGUAUACAGUCCUGUGGGUCUACUUGGAAACCCGGCUAGAUAACAUUUCAAGGGAGAACACCUGUUGGUUGGUUUUGACUGGAUAUUCAUAUAAACUUUUUAAAGAUGUGAGCGAUAGAGCUAAUCCUUAACUGUAAGUUUGGAAUUUAUAUUGUUUCUUCCCAUGUACAAAACCAUGUUUUUUCCUACAAAUAGGUGUUUUUUUGUUGUUGUUGUUUUGCGUUGGGGUCAUAAAGGAAAGCAGAAUGUUAUGAUUUUGCUUCAACUUCGGGACAAAUUAAAAGUCCUAAACUCUG